UCACGAAACUUAUAAAUUACUAAGGAAGAUUUUGGGACGGAAAGAACAUGGCUAAAAGGAUGUGGUCAAUUGGUGUCCUGCUGGUCAUUUGUAUGCGAACAAACGUCUCCGGACAUGCUGACGUUGUCGAUCCACCAAGUAGGGGACUGAUGGAAGGUUACCACACCCCCUGGGGAGUCAAUUGUGGAGGGUUAUCGAAACAAACUUCAAACGGCGGAAAGUGUGGACCAUGUGGCGACGAUUUUACUCAGUCAGUACCCCGCGACAUGGAGGAGGGGGGGAAAUAUGGCAAACAAAUGAAAUUAGGGAAGGUGUACAACGAAGGUGAAGAAAUAUCUGUAGUUAUCAGAGUCACAGCAAACCACAAAGGUUUCUUCGACUUCAAACUCUGUCCAAGCCAAAAUAUCCAGAGGCGGACAAUAGAGCUCGAGGAAUGCCUAGCAGAGUAUCCGCUGGACAUCAUUGAUACAAACGCAGGAACACGAGGCAAGAAGUGGCCCCUGGGUGAAGGAACUGGCGAAAUUACACACCUUAAGGUUGUACUGCCCACUGGCGUCACGUGCGCCCACUGCGUUCUUCGUUGGGAUUGGAUAGGAGGAAACAAUUGCUGUGGAAAUCCGCAAGAAGAGUUCCGGAACUGCAUGGAUAUUGGUAUAAAAGGGGACCCCAAUAAGACCCCUGCGCCCACUACCCUGGCCCCUACGGCGGCUCCUACCCGGUCCCCUAUUGUGACAUCCUGUCCAGCAAACUUCGUGCUCGAGUGCAUGUCAGUUCCACCACUGCCCAGGAUUGAUUGUGUGAACGAUUGGUGUAAUGACCAGUGCAGCGCCAAGACGACCGAAUGUACAAGCGACAGAUGUGAAUGCAAGUGUGAAAUGCGGGACAGAAAUUGUACCUUCGUGCACCCCAGAUAUUCCAGUCUGAUUUCCGACUCCGACGCCUGGUGUAAUGCUAUGUGUAGCAGAGGAGCCUGCAGCAAGGCGCACUGUAAUUGUAUAUAUUACUGAUAUCUGACCAAAUGCUGACCUGCCUGAUCCAUCCCCAUACAAAAUAAGUACUUAUCUCUUUACCCGCAACUUGUUCUUCCUGCUUAUAUUUAAUUAUAAUUGUCUGUAACGUUUUCAUGGUACGUGUAACAUUUGAUUGAUACCGAGUGAAAUUAAAAAACCAUCAUGAUAUCUAUGUUCGCAACGAAAGUUGAUAUCUUAUUAAAAUGAAUGGCAU